GUUCAAACUGUACAAUCUAGGAAAGAAAUGGUCACUGGGCAAGCUCAGCAAUGGCGUCUGUGCUGAGCAGUACCGCCACAAAAUCAGCAUCACUGAUCAGAGGAAGAAGAAGAUCAGAGGAUGAGGUGUACGUUGCAGCAGUGCCCUUAAGAGCCACAAAGGGACCUGCCAAGCUGGCCAUGGCGGCGGCUUACUCCCUCAACCUCUGGGAGUUGCAGCACUUCAUCGUCAUCCUCAAGCCCCCCUCGUCUCAUGAGCCAUUGGUGUUUGAUUUCCAGCCUCAAGAUCCUGAGGACAUAUUUGUGGCACUCGCAGCCCUCUCAGGAAGACAAAUACCAGGGGUGGUUCUUGUGAGGAGGAUGAAGAAGCUGCCAACAAGGAGAUGUUGGUUCAUUGGACAUUCCAGAGGGGAUGACGCCGUGGAUGUAGCCCACAAGUUCAAUCAGAACUGGCAAACUGGUUUGAGGAUAGGCAGCCAUGAUUGCAGAAACUACACAAAUGGAUUGGUUGAGCAUCUCACUGGUGAGAAGUGUGUCUUGGAGCAGCUCAGAAGGAAACAAGUGCAUUUGGAGAAGUGAAGCUAUCAGACAUAAAGAAGCCAUUUUUGUAUUCAUGUUUUUCUUUAAUUUACAAAACAAAUUACUUCAAAAUUUAUGUAUAAACUGGUCUCACGCAGGGCGUCCUUUUCUUUAUUUUAUUUUAUUCUAAUUAUUUUAGAACUUAAGAA